UAUACAACAAGAAGUUUUUGAGACGCCCUAGGUUUUCUUGACAAAAAUAAUGAACUCGGAAAGCGAAAAGAUGGAGAAGGAAAACUCGACCGGACCCGAUGCUUCUUCUCCUCCCACUUCGUCUUCUUCUAAGAGUACAUGCGCGUUGUGCUUGGAUGAGAUGAAAAAGGGAGACGGGAAGGCUAUCUUUACUGCAGAGUGCUCUCACUCGUUUCAUUUCGAUUGCAUAAACUCCAACGUCAGAUACGGAAACAGGAUUUGCCCUUUAUGCAGAACUCAAUGGAAACAAGUCCCUUUCUUUCAUGGUAACCCUUUCCCUCAGGCUCAACAAGUCCCGUUGUUUCAUGGUAACCGACAAGUCCCUUUGUUUCAUGGUAACCCUUUCACUCCGGCUCAAAUGGGUUUUGAAGACGAUGAGUCUUUACCUCACGGAGAGACACAAAUCCAGAGUGCUGAUCAUCCUUCUGAUCGUCAAGCCCUCGAGAUUAAACUCUUCCCUGAAGUCUCUGCUCUGGCGAAACCGGUCAGUCGUGGUGAUUUUGCUGCGCUGGUUCAUCUUAAGGCGGAGGGUGUGAGUGAUGAUGAAAGGCGUACUCGAGCUCCUUUGGAUCUCAUUGCUGUUCUUGAUGUGAGUGGUAGCAUGGCAGGAGUCAAAUUGGAGCUUGUGAAAAAGGCAAUGGGUUUUGUGAUUCAGAAUCUUGGUGAGACCGAUAGGCUCUCUGUGAUUUCCUUCUCCUCCACGGCUCAAAGACUAUUUCCUCUUCGACUGAUGUCUGAGACGGGAAAGCAAGCGGCGAUGCAGGCUGUUAACUCCUUGGUUGCUCGUGGCGGGACUAACAUUGCAGAGGGGCUCAAGAUUGGUGCGAGAGUGAUUGAGGAUAGGCGGUGGAAGAACCCUGUUUCGGGGAUGAUGCUUUUGUCUGAUGGACAGGACAACUAUACUUUUUCUCAUGAUAGGGUCCGUCUGAGAACAGAUUAUGAGUCUUUGCUUCCGAGUUCUUCUCGGAUUCCAACUCAUACCUUCGGGUUUGGCUCAGAUCACGAUGCUGAGUUACUGAACGCAAUUUCAGCAGCCUCUAGUGGCACGUUUUCGUUCAUCGAAGCAGAGACUAUGAUUCAGGAUGCUUUUGCGCAGUGCAUCGGAGGGCUUCUCAGCGUCGUGAUUCUUGAUCAAGUUGUCGAAAUAGAAUGCGUUCAUGAGCAGGGCCUGAAAAUAUCCUCCAUAAAAUCAGGAAGCUACAAAAGCCGUAUAGCAUCUGAUGAGAGAAGUGCCAAAAUCGAUGUGGGAGCCAUGUACGCAGAAGAAGAAAGGGACUUCCUGGUGAUUCUUGGAAUCCCGUGCUGCGACAAUGUGUCUGCUGAAUCCGAUUCCCUGUCGUUGCUCAAGGUUAGAUGCGUGUACAAAGAUCCUUUUACGAAAGAGAUAGUCCGUGUGGAAGCUGGAGAACUAAGCAUCCAAAGGCCAAUGGAAGUAACAGGAGAAGAAGUGGUGUCUAUAGAGGUCGACAGGGAACUAAAUAGGUUUCUUGUUGCACAAGCUAUGUCAGAGGCUAGAUUUUUAGCCGAUGGGGGUAAUCUGAGCGCGGCAGUUGCGAUUCUUAAAAAGCGUGAGAGAGAAUUAUCGGAGACAGCGUCUGCGCGGUCGGGUGAUGAGCUUUGUAAAUCACUGUCGGCCGAGUUGAGUAAAUUGCAAGAAAGGAUGGGGAGCCAGAUGAUGUACGAAGGAUCAGGGAGAGCUUACAUGUACUCGACCAUGAGCUCUCUUUCGGCUCAAAGAGCAGUGGCUUGUGGAACCAAAGUAGGUUGUAUUGCUCGUCACGGGGGAAGGGGAGGAGCAGGGGGAUUGGGUUAUCAGACGUCUGCAAUGGCUCGUAUGGUGAAUAAGUCUCAGAAGGAUCGAAAGCCCUAAAUCCAUCCCCCGCUCUUGGAGACCAAAGCUGGAAGAAUAAUAAAAUGGGUUUUGUGAUUUGCUGGUUUGGUGAGUGUUUAGAGAGAAAUUGAGUUGGUUCAGUCUGAACCGGGGACAUGGCUUUUACUGGUUAUCCGUUCUAGAUUUGUUGCUU